AUGAGACAACCACUUGAACAACUAUCCCAAGCGCAGCUUAAUACCAGGACGCCAACAAAGCUCUCCAAACAUCACGGCAACGUCAGUGUCUCUCCACGGACAAAGCGAGCACGGGUACUGAAGAUGAAGUUACAGCUGGCCUACUUCAAAGUGAGAACAAACCAGACAGGCACACCAAUUGAGAGACUCCGGCUACCAAAAUCCCAUCCUUCAAGACUGACUAUGGACGACAUCAUCAACAAGAAGGCCACCAGCGCUGCCCUUAAGAGGGUCAACCGUCACUUCAACAACACAGUUAAGUCUGCUCCUCCUCAUAUUCUGUCCUUCCAUUCCAGUAUGACCUCUCCUUCAAAAUUUGCAAUUGCUCCAUCUAAUAAUAGCAAGAAAAAUAUCAAACUCCCGCCAGUGAGUAAGUUGUUCCCCAAUUAUCCUUCUAAUGACGACACCACUAUCGACGAACACAACGAGUCCACAAUCUUGGAAAGCAUAAACGAAAAUGAACCAAGUGGCGCCUCAGUGGAACCUAGCUUACAGAGACGUCAUUCAUUUUCCUCCCUGGUAAUGUCCACCCCAGUACGAACAAAGAAAUCCCAACCUUCACCAUCUCGCAUUCAAUCGACUCCCUCAUCAAUGGGAGCAGCCCAUUCUCUACUACAAUUAGCACGCUACACUUAA